AUGGCCUUGAGUAAGGUACCUCUGCUCUUACAUGGAUUUCUCCUGCUGGUUCUAUAUAGACCCUCCCUUCAAGGAGGAGUUUACAUACCAGUUGGUGCUGGGGUUGGACCUGGAACUGGUCCAGGAGGUGGACUUGGUGGUGGAAUCGGAAGUGUUGGGCCAGGAGUUGGUACUGGAGGAGCUGGAACAGGAAUAGGUCUAGGUGCUGGUGGUAUUGGAACUGGGCCAGGAACUGGAAUUAGACCUGGAACUGGCUAUGGAGGUGGUCUUGUAGGCCCUGGGGGACAGGGCACUGGACUGGGUGCUGGAGGUCUUGGACCUGGUGUUCCAGGGGGAAUUGAACCUGGUGGUUAUGGGGCUGGUCCAGGUGUAGGUGGACUAGGAGUUGGAGGACUAGGUACAACAGGACUUGGUGUUGGAGGAUUUGGCACUGGAGGCCUUGGAUCAGGGUCCAUUGUCAAGCCACCUAAGACAGGAGCAUAUGGAGGUCAACCUGGAAUUGGACAGGGUGGUACAGGUGUCGGCCCUGGAACUGGCUGGCUUGGAACACCUGGAGUAGUUGGUCCUGCUGGUAUUGGUUCAAUAAGUCCAGGAGGCACUGGACCUGGUGGCACAGGACCUGUGGGAAUAGGACCUGGAGGUGUCAGACCUGGAGUGACUGGUCCUGGUGCUGGUUUUGGAACUGGAGGCCUUGGAACAGGUGCUGGUAGUAAACCACGAUAUGGGGGUCAAGGUAUUCCAGGCACUUUUGGAACUGGAGGUCUUGGUGAUGGUCUUGGAGGCCUUGGACUCAGGCCAGGGGGUGCUGGUGGACUUGGAGGUGGCACAGGAUUCGGUCCUGGUGGUGCAGGUAUUGUUCCAGGUGGCACAGGAAUCGGACCUGGGGGUGUGGGAUUUGGGCCUGGAGGUGGAGGAAUCGGACCUGGUGGCACAGGAGUUGGACUUGGAGCAGCAGGGGUGGGGCCUGGAGGAGCACCUUUUCUACCUCAAACUGGAUUACCAGGAGCUGGAACUGGGACAGGUACUGGUAGCAAACUUGGAAAGACUGGGAAGGCACCAGUGCCAGGUAUUGGGAUUCCUGGGCUAUACCAAGGGGGCAUUGUUCCUGGACAAGGUUUUGGUGGUAGAGGCGUUCUGCCAGGUGUAGCCACAGGAUCUCAAACGGGUCAGCUUGGUCAAGGUGCACUUGGAGCCAAUGGAGGCCGUGGAGGCUUUGGUCAACAAUUACCAGGCAUAUUUCGUGGAUAUCCACUAAUAUUACCUAAGUCUGGAGGUACAAGCUCUGCAAAGUCUCAGGCAAAAGCUGCCAAGUAUGGGGCUGGUGGUGUGCCUGGUUUAGGUGGUGGACUUGGAACAGGUGGUGUAUCAGGUGUAGGCGGAGUACCAGGUGCAGGUGGAGUACCAGGUGCAGGUGGAGUACCAGGUGCAGGCGGAGUACCGGGCAUAGGUGGUGUACCAGGUGCAGGUGUGUUACCUGGCAUAGGUGGUGUACCAGGUGCAGGCAGUGUUCCAGGCAUAGGUGGUGUACCAGGUGCAGGCAGUGUUCCAGGCAUAGGUGGUGUGCCAGGUGCAGGUGGUGUUCCAGGCAUAGGUGGUAUACCAGGUACUGGAGUCAUUCCUGGGUCUGGAGGGGUAACUCCUGGAAUCCUAUAUCCUGGAGCUGGUGGUACUUAUCCUGGUGGAGCUGGGGCAAAAGCUCGGAAGUAUGCUUCAGUGAUAGGAACUGGUGGACCCCUAGGUUCUGGUUUAGGAGCAGGUGGUCUUGGAGGUGGUGGUCUCCCUGGCUCUGGUUUGGGAGUGGGUGGUCUUGGAACUGGUGGACCCCUAGGUUCUAGUUUAGGAGCAGGUGGUCUUGGAGGUGGUGGUCUCCCUGGCUCUGGUUUGGGAGUGGGUGGUCUUGGAACUGGUGGACCCCUAGGUUAUGGUUUAGGAGCAGGACCUGGUACUGGAGAAUAUGCUGCAGCCAAAGCACGAAAAUAUGCUCAGCUUGGAAGUUCUGGUGGGACUUUAGGUACUGGAGGCUUACCUGGUGGAGCAGCCGGUGGUGGGCUAGGUAGACUACCUGGUGGUGGAGUUGGAACUAGUGGGCUACCUGGAGGUGGGAUUGGUGGUUUACCUGGUAGAGGAGCUGGUGGACAACCUGGUGGUCUCCCUGGUGGGGGUUCUGGAGGACUCCCUGGCUCUGGAACUGGAUAUGGAGCAGUGGCAAAAGCUCGUAAAUAUGGUCUACUUUUAGGUGCUGGUGUAGGCCCAGGCAGUGGAUUAGCUGCAGGUAUUCCAGGUGGAUUACCAGGAGCUGGUGUGGGACCAGGUGGGGCAGGUGUUGGAGUUGGAGGCUAUAGACCAGGAACAGGAGAUCUUCCAGGAACUGGAACUGGACUAGGGGGCAUUACUGGUUUGGGCUAUAGACCAGGAGAUGUGCUUGGUGGUGGCUUUGGACCUGGAGGUUACGCUGGGGCCAAAGCUCGCAAAUAUGGUGCUCUUGGUGGAGCCGUUGGAACAGGAUUGACUGGAGGAUUAGGAAGCACACUUGGUAUUGGAGCAGUGCCAGGUGUUGGAGCAGGUGGAGGAAUUGGACCUGGAGGGGGACCAGUCGGUGGUUAUGGACCAGGAGGUGUACCUGUUGGUGGCUAUGGACCAGGAGGUGUACCUAGUGCAGGAUAUGGACCAGGCUCUGGAGCAUAUCCAGGUGGACCUAAAGCUCUAAAAUAUGGUCCCGGUACAAGUGGAGGGACUCCAGGACUUGGUCUGCAGGGUAGGGUAGGAACAGGCCCAAUUCCAGGAUUUGGAACAGGAUCUGGGCCAGUUGGUGGUUAUGGUCCAGGGACUGCAGGAGGUGUAGCAAGUGGUUCACCUGGUUCUGGGGGAGUCUUAGGAGCAGGAGGUGUAUCAGGAACUGGAACAGGAGUGGGAGCAGUCCCUGGAGUUGGAGGAGGUCCUGGGACUGGAUCUGGACUUGGAGGAGUUCCAGGUGGAGUGCCGGGUGCUGGAUAUGGGGGGUAUGGAGGUUAUUGGGGUGCACAGAAACCACCUAAAUAUGGACAGCCAGGUGGUGGGGUUGGAAGCGUGCUAGUUGGGUCAGUACCAGGAACUGGUGUAACUGGAGCCACAGGAACUGGAAUUGGAACUGGGGUUCCAGGUAUCACAGGAGGUGUGCUUGGAGGAACAGCAAUUCCAGGUAGUGCAGUUGCCAAUGGCGUAGAUCGUGCAGCAAGUUCUAAACCUGGAGUUGAUGGGGUCGCAGUGACUGGCAGCCCUGGUGGUGGAACUGGAGAAGGUCAAGAAUCUGGAGGGCCAAUAGAGGGAUCAGGUGUGUCCAUUGGAGGUGGCCCUGGUGAAGGUGUUACUGUUGGGCCAACUGAUGGUGAUGGACUUGGUGGAGUUACUGGGACCGGAAUACCCAUCUUAGCUGGAGCAAAACCAGGAGUGCCUGGAUCAACUCCAGGUGGAAUUGGUGAUAGUAGUACACUACCCGGGGCCAAACCACUAAAACCCCCAGGCAUUGGAGGUGUUGCCAUUGCUGGACGUGGAGAUACUCCAGGUACUAUUGAAGGAGGACUUGGUGGUGCUACUGGAGGACCAGGAGGAGUGGGUGGAGUUCCAGGAGGAGUGGGUGGAGUUCCAGGAGGAGUAGGUGGAGUUCCAGGAGGAGUGGGUGGAGUUCCAGGAGGAGUAGGUGGAGUUCCAGGAGGAGUGGGUGGAGUUCCAGGAGGAGUAGGUGGGGUUCCAGGAGGAGUGGGUGGAGUUCCAGGAGGAGUAGGUGGAGUUCCAGGAGGAGUGGGUGGGGUUCCAGGAGGAGUAGGUGGGGUUCCAGGAGGAGUGGGUAGGAGUUCCAGGAGGAGUUGGUGGAGUUCCAGGAGGAGUGGGUGGAGUUCCAGAAGGAGUUAAACCCCCUAAAGUUUAUGGCAGUGCUGGUGGAACAGGAACUCUAGGUGUUGGAGGAGUGGGUGGAGCUGGUCCAGCUGGAGUGGGUGGAGCUGGACUUCUGCCUGAAGGUGGUGGUCUGCUACCAGGAGGUAUAGGCACAGGAGUUGGAGCAGGC